AUGGUGGAAAUGAAGCUGGAGAGGAAAAAAUGUAAAUGCGUUGUAUUCUCAUGUAAAGGUGGAAAAGAGCUCUGCACUGAUUCCAAAUGUGAGACGUGUAUGGCGUGCUGUCACCCCGAUUGUAAGGGGUGCGAAAAGAAAUGCAAGGACGGAGAGAAAUGUAAAUGUUUGAAUCUUUGCUGUGGUUGUAAGGAAAAUUGUUAUGGAGAAAGCAAAGAUGGUACGUGUAAAGGAAAAGGUAGCACUGAUUGCCAACGCUGUCGAGAAAAAUGCAAAGAUUCCCAAAAGUGUAUAUGCUAUCAAUGCAACUGCGGAACGCAAUGUAAUGGCUUCCUCUGUGCCUGCUGUUACUUUUGCAAUCCUGGCAAAUGUAAGCGUGAAGGUACUUGCGACGGCUACGUAAUCGGCAAAUGUACGGCCGAAAAGGGAUGCCAAGGCCACGGCACAUACGACGAUGAAGGUCGUCCUGUGUUCGGGAAAAAAUGCGAAUGCGGUCCCAAAGGCAGUGGCAAAGAUUGUACAUGUUACACUAGCAAGCGAAAUCCAAAUGACAAGAAAUGUAGAUGCAUCUUCGGUGACUUUCAAAAAGAUGGCAACUGCUUGAUCAAGUGCGACCUGUGCGGUAAAUUGUGCUCUCAAGACUCUUAUAUUCACCGGGGCACUCUAGUAGUUGUCCCGCUUGCAAUUGCAAUGGUGCUUAUCAUCGUUUGGGUCAAGUACCGCGAUAUAAUUCGCAAGGUGUUUUAUGAACUACGUGGUUCUUCUUCCAGAGCACCCAAGCAUUCCAGCGCAUACACAAAAAACCUGAUCGGUGACAGAAUUCCCGAGGAGAGUAACAUUGACCGCUACUCCGCCAUCCGCCCAGGGACAUACGGUGGCUUGUCUUAG